UGGUGGUGGCUCGAACGACACCUGAUCCAAGGCUCGAGAUGCGGCGCACGUCGGGACACGUGUUCCUCGCGAGUUUGCUGAUACUGCUUCGCGCGCGGCGAGCGGACGCAGUCGCCGAGGAUCCCCCCGAAUUCUCGAACAGAGGGACUACGACUUUCGCUCUUACAGCGCCGCUCAGAUUGGUGUGGGCCAGCAAGGGGGAGGACGUGGAACUGCCAUGCGACAUUACACCACCGACCCCCAACGACUCCGUGAACAUGGUGCUCUGGUUCAAAGACACCGCAGGGAUACCUCUUUACAGCUUGGACGCGAGAGGCAGGGAUCUCGCCUCCGCCAUUCACUGGGCGGUCAGCGACGAUCUUGGGAAGAGGACCUACUUUCAAAUCGGGAACGGGCAUCAGGCGAAGUUGAAAGUGACCAAGGUCACGUACAAGGACCAGGGGGUCUUCAGAUGCAGGGUGGAUUUUAUAAAUUCUCCGACGAGAAACUUUCGCGUGAAUCUGACUCUCGUCGAGGAGCCAUCCAGGCCUGUGAUAUACGAUGCUCAAGGGCGAGAGGUGACAGGGGUGGGCGGCCCCUUCUUGGAAGGCUACAACCUCGCCUUGAUCUGCCAGGUGUCCGGAGGAAGACCGAAGCCUGCGGUCACGUGGUGGAUGGACGGCGAGAUAUUGGACGGCGUGGACGACACCCCGCACGUCGGCUCUCCGAGCAGCAAAUUCACGGAGAACCAACUUUUCAUCGCGAACGUGACGAGAUCGUUGUGGGGCAAGAAGCUGGAGUGCAGGGCGCAGUCGCCCCCCAUGUCCUCGCCGAUCGUCCGUGAAGUCCCCCUCGACAUUUACCUGAAACCGGCGCUCGUGAAGAUCGUUCUUACGGAGGAGCAGAUCUACGCGAAUCGGCCGAUCACGGCGCGUUGCGAGACGUGGGGGAGCUCGCCCGCGGCGAGGGUGGUGUGGAGGCUGGGCAGGCAGGUGAUAGGCGACUCGAACGUGUCCACCACGCAGAGGAGCAAUUCCACGGUCAGCAAGCUGCCCCUGAUCCUCGGCAAGGACGACAACGGCAGGAAGUUGACUUGCAGGGCCGAGAAUCCGAGAUUCCCCGGCGGGGUCCUCGAGCGAACCGAGAUCGUGGACGUUGCCUACGGGCCGGUGGUGUCGGUCGAUCUGGCGACCGGCUACGUUCUGGACACGCUGAGGGAGGGCGACGACUUGAAACUGGUGUGCGACGUGGACAGCAACCCGCCACCGACCGCCAUCGUUUGGUAUCACAAGGACAAUCGAUUGGCGCACGAUGUGGCCGGCGGCACGUUGAUAGCCUCGAACACGUUGACGUUGAGGGUGCUCACGCUGGCCCACGCGGGCGAGUACUCGUGCCAGGCGAUCAAUUUGGUGGGGGAGGGCCGCAGCCCUCCGAUCUCGGUCCGCAUGAAAUAUGCACCGAGGUGCAGGCCGGGCUACGAGAGGCGCGAGGUCACAGCUGGUCGUUACGAAACGGUGUCGCUGCGUUGCGAGGUCGACUCGGUGCCCAGGGACGGCGUGAGGUUCUCGUGGACGUACAACGGGACGCUUGGCGACGUGUUGCCGAUGCCCAACUCGAAAGCUCGGAGCAACGGGCUCGUUAGCGUGCUCGAGUACACUCCCACCGUGGACACCGACUUCGGGACUCUCGCCUGCUGGGCGAGCAACACGGUCGGCAGACAAAGGACGCCUUGCGUGUUCAACGUGGUCGCUGGAAAGCCACCGCAGCCGCCGUCCGACUGUUCGCUGCACAAUGAGACCACCUCCCUCGAAGUGAAUUGCGUCCCCGGCGCGGACGGUGGCACGCCGCAGUACUUUUUGCUGCAAGUUCGGGGGAUACCGAGGGAUGGCCCGGUCCAAGCCACGCUGCACGCGCCUCAAAGCGACCAGGGGACGGUCGGCGGUGGGGGGGAGGCGCCGCCUGUAUACCAAGAGAGGAAUCCAAGGCCGAAUUUCCAGAUACGGGGCCUCGAGCCAGGCUUCGAUUACACUUUGUACGUGUACGCGGUGAACGGGCAAGGGAGGAGCGAGCCGGCUCUAUUGGAGAAUGUGAGGGUCGGCGGGGCUAUAGGCGAGAAGGUGGAGAGGGACGGCCUGUUCCUCGAGGAUCUGAAGAAAGCGCUGCCCGAGAGCAGCCCCGAGAAUAUGAUCAUCGUGGUCGCCUUGACAGGUACAGGUGCGGUCGCUUUGAUCCUGAUCGGCAUUGGCGUGAUCAUCGGGUUGGCUAUCUGUAGGAGAAGGAGCGGAUCACCGGCGAAAGACGGGCCGGACGAUUUUACCAUCCCCACCUACGUUUCGGCUCAAAGGAUCGAGCCAAGGAUCAGAUACUCGGGCGACGGCAGCAGACGCUCCCAAAGAGCGAGCUUGUACGUCGAGGAAAAUCGAAACGAGCCUGACCUCCUGCAGAGAGUCGAGAUCGACGUACACGAUUAACGAUUUACUCUUCCGUAGGAGUUAAAGGAAGAAAGGACUAUGCGAUGAUAUCCAUAUACGUGUAUUAUAUACGCUUUUCGCGAUGUGUAUAUAACAGGUGUCCAUUUCCCUUAAAAAAGUUAAUUUAAGUUGGUAAGAGAUAGGCUGGAUUCACGGUGACCGAUGAUUUUACACAAUUCCUGUACCUGUUCUUUUAUCGAUCGAUUUAAAACGCGACGAGCUCUGUUAUUUCGUCUCUCUCUAAUCCACGUGCCUUCUCUUCUUUUUCUUCACAAAGAAAGUAUUGUAACCAAGCUUGCCGCUUCGCGUUAAGUGUACAAAGUGUUUCCUUUCGGUCUCAUCACGUGGAAACCCCACGCGUACUUUAAUAUCCGCCUGCGAAUCAUCUAGGAACCGAAACGCUUAUGUAAUUGUGUAAAUAGCGUUUAUAAAAAAAAGGAAGGAAAAAAAAAAA